AUCUGUCCUCACACGGUCACACCUUCCUUCCCCGAUCAUUUCACACUUUAAAAUGGAGCAAUAAGAUCUCGUCGAUUAGUCUUCUUCCUCUGCUUCUCGUUUCUCUCCCACUUCUUUUGUUUGCUCGUUUGUUCUUCAUUUCAGUUACAAUCUGUGAAGAUCGAAAUCUGUUGCAUCAGAGAGGGGAGGGAGAGGGAGAGAAGUGGUUGAAGUGAAGUUUUCAAUGGCGAGCGGAGGAAGCUACGUAGAUCAGAAGAUCGAUUAUGUCUUCAAGAUAGUACUCAUUGGUGACUCUGCGGUUGGUAAAUCUCAGAUUCUUUCUCGCUUUGCUCGGAACGAGUUCAGUUUGGAUUCCAAGGCCACUAUUGGUGUUGAGUUCCAAACUCGAACUGUAGUGAUUGAUCAGAAGAAUGUUAAGGCUCAGAUCUGGGACACUGCAGGACAAGAAAGAUACAGAGCUGUAACAAGUGCAUAUUAUAGGGGUGCUGUUGGUGCCAUGUUGAUUUAUGACAUAACCAAACGUCAGAGCUUUGAUCACAUACCCCGCUGGCUGGAGGAGCUGCGUGGCCAUGCUGACAAGAAUAUCGUGAUCAUACUGAUUGGAAACAAGGCCGAUCUGGAGAACCAGCGAGCUGUCCCCACUGAAGAUGCCAAAGAAUUUGCUCAGAAGGAAGGGUUAUUCUUCUUAGAGACAUCGGCACUGGAAGCUACUAAUGUUGAAACUGCUUUCUUGACUAUUUUGACAGAGAUCUUCAACAUUGUUAAUAAGAAGAACCUGGUUGCAAGUGCUGAUCAAAGCAAUGGCAACCCAGCUUCCCUGGCUGGUAAAAAGAUCGUCAUCCCUGGCCCCGGGCAGGAGGUCCCAGCUAAGAGCAAUAUGUGCUGCCAAUAAUCUUGACUGGAUGUUGUUUUGAUUUCAGCAAGCGUGGUAAUUUUAUUUCUAGAUUUGUACUGAUAUUUUUGAGCUAUCUUGUGUAUUCCCUUUGUAUAUUUUAGGAUUUGCCGUGACAUAGUUUUGUAUAACUGUUUUGGAGGAACCGAUUCAUUCCGCUUUCCUCAUGUUCACGAGGUGGGAAGCAACAGAGAGAUGGGGUAUAGGUCUAUUAUUUAGUUUUUGCAAGUUGAAUUUUAUUAGUCUUGUAUUUUUGAAAUGGUUAAAUAUUGAGUUUCAUCUACUUUGGUUA